AUGGCCAAAACGGAGCGUACCUACGACGCACUCCGGGACAAAAUAGUGUCAGAACAGUUUCUCAAGAGAUGUCACGAAAAACUGACCAUCUUUUUAAGGGAAAGAGGCUGCCAAGGACUUGACAAGUUGGCGGAAGCUGCCGAUCAUUAUCUUGAGGCUCAAGGACUAGUCCAUCUUGGCAGAACAAAUAAGGACCAAGAGGCGAAGCUAUUGGGGAAAGCGAGGAGUUCUAAGCCUCCAGAUGCAACGGGGAGACCCGCCUGUUUUCUUUGCAACAAGCAAGGUCAUCGUGCAGCAGACUGUUGGUCCAAGUCAAGAGGAUCCAACCCAAAGUUGACUGUUUGCUGGAAAUGUCGCAAGACCGGGCAUAAAGCAGAGUCUUGCCCUAACAAGACAGACGCGGGUGGACAAGCAUCGUGUUCUCUGGCGCCUCAGAAUAAGCCAGGGAAAGUUGGUUUGGACAUUCAUUCCCUUAAAAGAAAUGUGAAAGCAGAGCAGGAUGAACGAAGAAUCGAUGUUCAAACAGAUGGCAUGCCAACGGCUGAAGGGCUGCUUGAACGACAGCCUGUCAUUGUACUGCGUGAUUCAGGAUGCAACUCGGUCAUCGUGAAGCGAUCUCUGGUUCCUGAUGCCAAACUGACAGGAAGGAGUCGAUCGAUUUACCUUCUCGACCGGACAGUUCGAUGCCUACCUGAAGCGGAAGUGGACAUCGACUCUCCUUAUUUCACGGGCACAGUAAGGGCAACCUGCAUGGAAAGACCGCUGUAUGAUGUCGUCUUGGGCAACAUCGAUGGCGUACGGGAUGCUUCUGCUCCUGAUGUCAAGUGGAGAGAAGACCAGAAAUUUCUUCCUCUGCAAGAAAAGCCCCAAGAAAAAGACGAAAUCUUGGGCAACCAACAAAUUUGGACAGGGACGACCUCGUCACCGAGCUCCGGAGAGCAGAAAGGCGAGCUUCAGGCUAGUGUCGUAACGAUGCGGACGUCGGCGACAGCUGCUGGGCUACCAGUUGCAGAAAUAAAUCCACUGGAUAUCAACCCGGCGGAGCUAAGCGCCAAGCAAAAGCAAGAUGCUACACUCAAGAGAUGCUUUGAAGCAGUGGGAAGCAAGGUUGCCUCAAGAUCAGCCGACAUCGACUUCGUGCUGAUGAACGGGAUUCUUUUUCGACGGUACAGACUUCCAUCGCAAAAGGAAAUGGAACAACUCGUUGUCCCGACUGGCCUCCGAACAUUCGUUCUAAAAAUGGCACACGAAGGAAUACUAUCUGGACAUCAAGGAAUCGAAAGAACGACAGAUCGAGUGCUUGAAGAGUUUUACUGGCCAGGGGUACAAGGGGAUGUCACGCGGUUUGUGAAAUCAUGCGACAUCUGCCAAAGAACCGUUCCAAAACACUUGGUAGGCCGCGUGCCUUUGGGAAACAUGCCCGUGAUCGAGACGCCUUUUCAACGGGUAGCAAUAGACAUCGUGGGACCACUGUCACCAACCUCAGAGAAGGGCAACCGUUACGUACUAACCAUGGUAGACUACGCGACCCGCUAUCCUGAUGCAGUUGCCCUACCAAGCAUCGAGACGGAGAGGAUUGCGGAAGCUCUCCUCGAGAUGUUUUCACGCGUGGGAUUUCCUAGAGAAAUCAUCAGCGAUGGGGGCAAAUCAUUCACAUCCGGACUCAUGAAGGCGUUUAGUCGUCUCCUCUCGUUUAAGCAGAUGCCAACCACGCCGUAUCAUCCCAUGGCCACCGGCCUCGUGGAACGGUUUAAUGGCACACUAAAACAAAUGAUACGACGAAUGCGUCAAGAGAGCCCGAAAAGAUGGGAGCGAUACUUGGCACCACUACUAUUCGCGUAUCGCGAAGUGCCGUAG